AAAAACAAAACAACUUAUAUUGUAUGGAAUUUUAGCAUUUACAUUUAUUUGUAACGUUCGUCUAUAAAAUACAGUGGACUUUAUUCUUUUAAAGCAAAACAAUAAAGUAAGCGAUGCGGAUCCGGCUGGCGUAUAGCAAGUACGUAACUAAGUUUAAACACAAAAUACAUAAAUGCGAGCCUUAACAACGCACCCGGAAGUAAUUCUAAAUAGUGAAGAAAAAUAAUGUAGAAAAUUAUGUUUUAAGUGGUUGGAUAGCGAAAUUUGUAACGUGUAAUAUAAAACAGAUGUAGAUUGUUCAAGUACAAUAAAUCUAAAAAAAAAAUAAUAAGAAAAUGAAUACAACAGGGAUGGAAACUUCUACAGAUUCGGAAUCAAGUCCAGAGUAUAUGUUUAUAGGUCGGGAUAACGAUUUCGCUGUGUUAAAUGAGAAGUGGUCUUCGUGUAGGAUAUUUGGAAUAUUUGGUUUACGUGCAGUAGGCAAAUCAAGAUUCGUGAGAGAGUUUAUCAGACGGAAACAUAUUGAUGUGUUACCCGUUCAUCUAGACACGGUGAACGAUGCCCGUUCUCUUUAUUCUGUCCUAUGUGCUUCACUUAAUACAGAACCUGAGAUUCAAACUGUAUCAUCAAUAAGAUGGAUGAAACAUGUAACGGACGAGCUCAAAAAGAAUUCAAAUGACAGACAAUUGGCCGUUUUCUUUGACAACGCGGAGGAUACCAUUGAAAGUUCAUUUAAGGACAAUCUUUUGUCAUUGAUUGUUGCUGUAGCCAAACAAUGCCCACGAGUGAAGAUCUUUGUAACUUCUACUACAAGAAUUCAGUUUAGUCAACUUAGCAAGGUUUAUUGCUUGCAUGAAUUAAAACCAAUGAGGUACACGGAAUCUAGAAUUAUGUUACAUAAUAUUGCCCCUGAUAUUGACCUUGGUACAUGUGAAGAUGUUAUAAUAGACCUUAGUGAAGGACUUCCUUUGUUGAUAUUAAUGAUUGGUGCAGAGCUGAAAAUUAAUUUGAUAUCUCCAGAACAAAUGGUUGACCUUUUGUUGCUCAGCAGACUCGAAACCCUCAGCAAGGAACACUACCCGGUUGAAGAUAGAGUAGCUGAUGUUUACAGAAGCUUUAUUCAGCGUUUAUCGACUGUAUAUCAGCAGUACUUGUCCAGUCUUAACUAUAUACCUGGGUCGUUUAAUGCAGAAGAAGUCAGUGGACUUUUAGAUUUUGGAAGUGUAGCAAUAGCAAAGCAACAAGGAUUAAAGCAAAUACUUAUCAGAAACGUGAUUAACUAUGACACGUCAUCCCAGCGUUUCAACAUUCAGGGAAUACUUCGAGAGGUGAUCAAUGCAAACUUUGUUAUCAAAGAUUUGCCAGCUAUAAGGAUGAGAUAUUGUAAAGUGUUCACUAAAGUUAUGAAAGAUAUCGCCAAGAAAAUGCCUACAGAUGAAUAUACACGAGCACGGUCAAUAUUUGUUGAUGAACAAGCAAACUUACGGAAACUUCUAUACGAAGUCAACAAUAUCAAACAAGAAACAUCUACAUACCCAUUCUUUAUCGAAAUGGCGUCAUCUUGUACUGAGCUCAUCGAAAUAUUUAUGCCAAGUGAAAGUGAACAAUUUUACAAUGGCUGCCUAAGAUUAGCGGAUAGAUAUGGAAAGGACGUUGACAAGGCUGCCGUAUUGAUAGCUGUUGGAACCAUGGAAACUUACACAAAGGGCGACCUUCACACCGGUAUAAUGAAGUACAAAUCGGCGUUAGAUAUCAUUGAAGAUAAAGGAGAACGUAUGCAACUAUAG